GAAUUUUGGUACCGCCUCAUCGCAUAUAAGGCCUGGAUGGCGACGAGCAAGGGGCCUUCCGCCGCUGUCCUCCUCCCUCCGUCCCGCAACGCUCCUUCGUCCCCCGUCCUUCCUUAUUUAUACGGCACGGACGCAUCGACGCUAGAAGAUCGGAUUCCCCCUGCACGAUCGUCACCAUGGCCGCUGGAUUGAGGGAGAUCGACACUAUCUUCCUGGGUGCGACGCUGCAGACGUUGCUUUAUGGGUUUUACAUCGCCGUCGCGUACGAGUGUACUCGGAUGCUGUACCUGAAGCGCAAGCAUCGCAGGGUAAACAAGUACUUGGUCGCGACGCACGUCGCAUUGUUCCUCCUGGUAUCUGUGCGCUGCAUAACGACAACAACACGAGUACUUUACGGCCUGCGCUUUCACCAACAACCCGACGGCUUCAUCGACACGGGGGCGAUGAACUCGUCUUGGUCAUUGGUCGCAAACUCCGCCUGGUAUCUUAGCAUAUUGGUCUCAGAUGCCUUCAUCAUCUACCGCGUCUACGUCGUCUGGAGAGGGAACUGGUAUGUCACCGCGCCAAUCAUUUUUGGCUGGAUUGUCAAUGCCUCGACCGGAAUCUGGUAUCUGUACACCAUGCGAUUCUACCCGAGAGGCGUCCUCACGUACUCCGGCUUGUUGACGAAAGCGGAGAUCGCAUUCGUCGCAUUCACGCUGUACACGAACCUCCUGUCAUCUCUCCUCAUCGCAUACCGCAUCUGGCACGUCCGACGCGGGGUACAACACCUCACCGACGGGCGGAAGGACGCCGUACACCAGUUGCUCGUUGUCAUGCUCGAGUCCGCUGGGUUCUACAGCAUCCUGCUGCUGGUGCACAUCAUCCUCCUCGGCUUGAACUCCCUGGUCAUGUACGUCGCCACAGACUUGGAGACGCCGACGAUCGGGAUUGUGUUCUCCUACAUUAUCGUCCGCGUCUCUGAGGGCGUUGCGCACGGGAACACCAGCAGCGGCGGGCCUACGAGCGGCGGAGAGACGUCAGGCCCGCGGAGAACCUGGACGUCGGGCGCGCGCCCGGGCGUCGGCACGAACACCAUCGACGUCGCUAUCCGCUUGGAGACCGUCACGCACCACGACAGCGACGAGCCCGUGUCGGAGACGAAGAGCACGGAUAAGUCAAAGGGUGGUGGGUGGUAGGCGUGGUGUGCCAUGGUCUGUGCGCCGCAGUUGCGCGAGCGGUGGCAUCGUGGAUGGAGGCAGAGGUGGUGUGCAUAAUGUAUCAUCGACCUGGGUCGUGUUCAAUGCGUAUAUAUGUUCUGCUAGUGUACAUACUAAGGGUUAUCGGGAACGCUCUCCUUCCUAAGGGUGCGAGGGUGUAAAAUACAAUACAGCAUUGUAUGGAUGGACUAACAAUCACUAAAGUAUCCAAGGACUGGGUCUACUAAAGUAGCAAAGGAUUCACUAAAGUACUAUACCAAACGAAUACGAUUGACUACCAGGC